UAGUCAACUACCUGGAUUAUAUAAAAAAGUUCUGCUCUAUUCAUUCAAGCUACAUAUUCUGUUCACACCUUCUUUUUUGUUAAGGCUUCUGCUUUCAUAUUUAUUUCUAAAACAUUAUGAAGGAAGUGCUAAAAAGUUCAAUUGGGUAUAUUAUUAUCUUCAUCGAAUUUGGAGAUUAACUCCUAUGUACAUGAUGCUCUUAGGAUUGUACACGACAAUUUGGCUGCGUAUGGGUAAUGGUCCUUUGUGGCCAAAAGAAGCUGAUAAUGGUAAAUGUAAAAACUACUGGUGGCGAAAUUUGCUAUAUAUUCAAAAUUUGGAAAGUGUAUCAGAAAUGUGCAUGGCGUGGACGUGGUAUUUGGCAAAUGACAUGCAGUUCUACAUCAUUAGUCCAAUAUUCUUGAUCCUUUUAUGGAAAUUUCCUGUUAUCGGUUUCGUAGUGAUGUAUGUCGCGUUGGGCAUUUCUUCAAUUACUACGGGAAUUCUAGCUACGAACGACAAUAUAAUUUCAAUUUAUUCGUGGAUGGAUGCAACUGGAUCAGAUGCACCAAAUAUGAAAACAGUGUAAGCUUAUUUCAUAUUUAAUGUCAAUUUUUUAUUACAAAAACA